AUGCUCAAGCUCUCCACGGCAAUUGCCAUCCUCAAUGGCCUCGCAUCCCUGAGCCAUGCUCAAAAGACCGACAACGAGACCUUGAUCCUUUGUGACUGUGGCAUCGGUGAUAACAAAGAUCAGCCAUCAUGGUCGACCUCUCGCCAGAUGAACUGGUAUAAGUCUCUCGUUUGGCCCGACUCAGCCAACAAAUACCCGGCAGCACCUGAGAUGGCUGUUGAAGUUCCAUUUGGUAAUGGCAUCUAUCCUUGGAACCCAGAUGGCGCCACCGAGACAAUGCCCAAUGGUGAUGUCUGGAGCGUCUACAUCGAAGAACAAACCCCCGAGGGAUUCAAGGCUGGCAAUGCUGUCCACAAAGACGGCGAGACGCUAAACUGUUGGUCUUACCACGGAAGACCCAUCAGUGCCGCCGUCAAUAAGACCGCUAAUCACGAUGCCAUCUGCUGGUCUGCCUUUGUUUGUAACAGCGACAAUACCUCUCCCAAUCGCCCCUCUGACAUGACUCCUACAUCAACCAGUCCUUCUACCACUGCCCCAAGCACGUCCGACUUCACCCAACAGCCUGCUCCUACAGAGUCCUCUGCUAGCAAGGUUCUCGGCAUUGAUGCUGCGUUGAGCCCUCGAUUCAUCAACUGGCCCAGCAACUGGGGUACCUUUAUCAACAACUUUGUCUGGGACCAAGUCACUGGCAACUGCGUUGGUGAACCAUUCAGAGGCCCUGGGUAUACCAUUACUUUUGAGUGCUCUGGCGUUCAGAUUGAUUCGGACACACAUAUGACUCUUCAGCUCAUCAAGGCUCUCCGAGAUGUCGGCAUGGACAGCCUCUGGUUCAAUCAGAAUCCCAUCAUUCCCGGCACCAAUAUCUCCACAAAUGCAACCGUUCCUACACCCAGCUGGGUUGUCAUGCCCGAGUCACUGUCCCUCACUGCAACAGACGUUGCCGCUCAAAAAGUCAUUGGCCAUUUGUCGUACACCACCAAGUAUGAUACCUUCCUCGCGAACCCAUGCUCGUCUUGCGAGACUGCCCGAUUCAAUGCCAAUUUCUUUGACCCCAUCCUCGAGGCGAUGAAGGGAACUUUCCCAGACUACAACAACUACCAUGUUCAAGCCGUUUGUGACCCGUGGGUAGCUUGUUUCUAA